ACUUUCCUCUAAACUAAAAUACGACGAACUCUUUAGUUCAAAUAAUAUUGAAUUUAUAAAGCGCAAAGACAAUCUUGGUCAAAUUAGAAGCUAAAAUUUUAAAAAUUAUUAUACUCCUGCACUAGCAUACAUUAAGUAUAUAUAUAGAAAUUCCUUAUUUCAUUAAUUUAUUAUUUAAAUUAAACGACAUUUCUUAAUAAAAUAGAAGUAUUGAAAAAGGCAACUAAAAUACAGUUGAACAAUUAACGUAGUAGUUACGAACAUCCGUCAAUUGACUUGGAAGUAUUUGGUAGCUUUAUCGCGAGAUUAGUACGUGCGCAAAAUUUUAACGGUUCAAAACAGUUUUAUAGUUGUAUAUGUUCAAAGUAUCCGUAAAGUUAUUCAAUUUUGUUUUGUGUUAUAAGUAAUAGCUAAAAGAAUUCUUUUAAAUCAUCAUACACUAUGAAACGUGUAACUGAACCUGUUCGUAAGAGCCUGCUGGACGUCAUCAGAAAAAAUCUUCGUGCUGCUGGUAAGGUAAAGAUCUAACUUAAUUUAAUUAUUAAUCCUUUAGUGUAUUUACGUAGAAUAUGAAGAUAACAGUAUCAAACUGCCAUCUACUCUCAUCGAUUCAAAUUUUUGAAUCUGUACAUUCUAGAACAAUUUAAGAACAUUGUAUUAUUUGUAGGUUUCGUAUAUAACGCGCGUUGUGUAUAUCGGAGCAUAUAUUGGUACAGAUACGAGUAUAGAAAAGGUAUGAAAUUAGUAGAGUUAGUAUAGAUUAUGACAUACACGUUAAUUAUAGGAGACGUUGAAAUAAUGUAAUAUCAUACAGUAUUUUUACUAUCCGUAUAAAAAAUAUAAUUUCCAGAAAAUGAAAUCUAUAAUACAGGACUUGCAAGCAGAUUAUAUAAAUAAUUCCAUCAGUGGAUUAUUUCUGAUUUAUCCGGAUUAUUAUAUUCACGCAUUAGAGGCGGCAGAAGAUAUAAUUUAUAGGCAUUUCAAAGUAUUGUACAAUAACCAAACAGAGGAUUGUAAAAUAGGAAAAGCAAUUUUUCUUCCAACUUAUCAUCAUGUCCAUCAAAGAUUUUUUACGGGGUGGUACCACGCGUAUAUAAUACCACCUACUUUGAUACAGCCGUUAAAAUCAUACGAAUUGGAUGAUAUCCAACAGCAAAUGUUAAACUGUUUUAAUAAAGUAUAUAUGUUGUGUGAUCAUAUCUCGAACACGCAUCACGAUCGCUCAGUUUCGAUACAGGAAGUUAUAAGAUCGUUGAGUGACAAACUUACACGACUUUAUCCCGAGAGUACGUUGUUAGAAUAUUUAUUGAAUGCAGAAAGCCCUGUGAUUUUAACUGUUGAAGAGUAUUUGAACAUAUAUUCCACAGUUCCAUUCAUUAACCUUUAUUCAGAGUAUUUACAAUAUCAAAAAAACGUCUCUUUUUAUGGGGUACAUGAAAUUUGUGUCGGAUAUCACUAAACUAAUUACAUAUACAAACUUCAUUCAAAUGGUUUCACUUUUUUUUUCUUUUGGUUUUCCUUCGCGAAAGCAGCUGGUCAGACUCGAUCGUUAAAGAUGUACAGGUGAUAUACGGCUGAAA